CGAAGUAGUACAGCAGGUGGCGCUAACGCAACUUCUGCGUCUGUUCCAGAAGAAGUAGACUGACCGGAAAAAUGGCGGAUGACAAGGAUCCUCUGACACAGUUAAAGGAUCUGACUCGGCUUAAAAAUCAGCUGGCGGCGAUUCAGAGGAGAGUGGAGACCGAGGUAUCCGCAGAAUUUCCCCAGGGAAGCACGGUGUUGGGAUCACCCUUCCUGAAGGGCUUUUUGGUCGGCUAUGUGGUGGCAAAGCUGCGCUCCUCAGCCUUCCUGGGAGUGCUGCUGGGAACUGCCACUGGCAUUUACGUAGCCCAGAGCUAUCAGGUGCCUAACAUUGAAAGGACCGUUAAAGAUUACAUGAGCACAAUGAAAAAGGGACCAAAGUAAAU